AUGACUCAAAGAAAGGAAAAGAGUAAAAUCCUCAUAAGACACGGUGAACAGAAAAUUAGAAACACAAAACCAGUGGCCGAGGGAAGAGACAAAAUAAGUGUUUUAAAGGUGAAUUUAGCGGAUAUAAAGCAGCGUGGGAAUGGAGAUGCUCAUAUACGUCUAACAGUACAGAGGUAAACCAUAAUUCUGAAUAAAUAUAGAUUAACUUUUUAGUCCACCCACAUGGUUUUGGCAGCUUACCGUGUGUCUUGAACAGGUAUGAAGGAGAAACAUGUGAAGGCGUGUUUCAAGGGGGUGGACUCGCUUGUUUUGACGGAGGCCAUGUGUACAAGGUAUAAGUUCUCACACAGUCAUGAGUUACACGUUAAAACCAAGAGAGACAUGGUCGAAACAAGACACGUUUAUUUUUUAUUAAUCCAAAAGUAUUUUUUACAUGCAUUUUAACUCAUUCAUUGUAGCCUUUUAUUUCUAUUUCAAAUUGAAUAACUUUUUUUUUUUUUAAAGUAAAAUUUUUCGACCAUUUUGAUUAUUUUAAUAGUUACAAAUUCACGCACGUAUUCUUGUAUUUUCUUGAAAUUAAAUUAUUACAAAGACAAGAGUGUUAAUUGCCAAAGUACUCUGUAAACACUUGCUUUUUAUAUAGUUAAAGUUAGGACUGUUAUAAGGACUUAACUCACUUUAUUGUGAUUUUAAAGGGCAUGUUUUCUAAGGGACUGAUGGAUGGAUACGGUGUCUUCACAUGGGCAGGUGGACUGAAAUAUGAGGUGAUAUUAAAAAAAAAAAGACCAAAAGGCUGCUAUCAUAACUGUAAUGAACUUAGAUUGUAAGGAUACUUUUUUAAAAAUUCUAACUAUAAACAUAGGGCAAUAAGUGUUUUCAACAACUACAUCUUUGGGUCAAUUUUUAUCCCAACAGGGAGAAUUUGUGCGCAACCAGCCCAUGGGAGAGGGCACAUAUAUCUGGCCAGAUAGCAGCACCUACAAGGGUGAGGUCUGUUAUGGGAUACAACAUGGGACAGGAACCUACACAUGUGCAAAAGACUGUGUUUCAUACACAGGGCAGUGGGAUCAGGGAAAAAGGCAUGGAAAGGUACAACCCACGAACUGAUGCUCUUUAUUAUUGCAUAUCACCAAAGAUCUAUUUCUUUUAUUGAUUGUCUUUAUGUCAGGGUGAAGAGUUUUACAACCAGGAAAAGACAUCUUGGUACAAAGGAGACUGGGUGAGGAACAUCAGAGAGGGAUGUGGAGUGAGAUGGUAAGUGUCGAGUAUACAGUCUUAUUUGAAGCCAAAGUGAUUGAGACUGAGGGAACUUGACAUUUGUAUAUAUAUUUUUUUUAUUUUAUCAGCUACCCCUCUGGAAAUGUUUACUCUGGUGAGUGGAAGAACAAUCUGAGACACGGAAAAGGAACUAUGAAGUGGCUAAAACUGGGAGAGGAGUAUGAUGGGAUGUGGCAGAAUGGAGUUCAAGUAUGAAAUUAAAUAAAAGACAAAGUUGCUCAGUCCAAGAUGUACUUUACUGUGACGAAAAAACAAACAUGUAUUUACUCUUCAUACACUGUCUUCUCUGUUGCAGCAUGGACAAGGUACACACACCUGGAUCCUAAAGAGAGCAGAUGGAUCCCAGUAUACAAAGAGCAACCGGUAUACUGGGGAUUUUGUGCAGGGUCAAAGGCAUGGGCUGGGAACAUUCUACUAUGCUGGUGGUGCAAUUUAUGUGGGACAAUGGAGGAACAACAAAAAACAUGGAAAGGUUCAUUUAAGAUACAAUGUCACACCUAGAAUUUUGUACCUUAUCACCUCACUGUCUUGUUUUUCGAUGUAUUUAAAUAGCAUCACUUGAUUCUUUACCUGUUAACACUGUAUCUGGUUCACAGGGAAAAUUCACCUUUAAGAAUGGUCAUGUUUUUGAAGGGGACUUUGUGAAUGAUCAGAUGAUGACAGAUAUCCUGAAUGGACAAAGGGCUCCCACUCCUUUUUGCGGUAAACAUCCACAGUACAUCAGCUCCAUUCAAAAUGCUCACCUGUACACAAAUGUUACAGUCUGUUACAGAUGCUCUCUGAUUUGACCUUUUGUUUUAGGUCCCUCCCCUCUGCCAGGGAGUGAUUCAUCCAUCUUAGGACUAGAUAUGGCCCUGAACAUUGAUUGUCUCCUGGAUAAAAUCCCUGAAAGAAAUCGGAACACUGAGCAGGAGCAGGUCAGGUCCUCCAUAAAGACACCUACAAGAAAGAAGUUGAAAGAGAAAGGGCUCGUUCAUUAAUUUGCUGUUUGACUGAGGUGUCAGCAGUCAGACGAAACAGCCCUGUUUUUACAAAUUUCAGAUCAAAUAUUCACUGUUCUUGGUAUGUCUGACUGUCAGAAAUCAACACGAUAAGAUUCUUGUUAAAAACAAAACACUCAAGCGAAGUCUGCUCUUUUCCUCAGAGGGUGCCAAAUGUUCCUCACAGAAGCAUUCAGUAUCAUAAUGCAUGUUUACUCAUAUCAAACCAAACAAAGGCUCAUCAGAGAUUUACACAAAUGUAACUGGACAGGGUCAUAAUGGUGCAUGUCUGGCUAUUUUUCUUUGGUCUUUGGUCUAAGGUGGCAUCCCUUAAAGAAAACCACAAAAAGGUAUUCAUUUUACAGCUGUGGUUAAAAAACUGUUCCAAGCAGUAGCUUUGUGGUUUCCUUAAUUUUCAUCUGUGAUACCAUGUCUUGUGUGCAACAGGUGGAGUUUGUGGUGCUGAAGCUGGCCACAGAGCUCAGGUCAGUCUACAACUUCUACAGCAAACUUGGCAGGGCCCACUCUCCCAAUAACACCUUCCCGCUGUCCCGCCUGCAGCUCUGGCGCCUGCUUAAAGACUGCUACAUCCACCACCACAGCAUCACUCUGACAAAGAUAGACCAUUUCAUCAAAGGUAAGGGGAGGUUGUCGCUCACUUUCUCCUCUACAGAAUAAUCUAAGGCAUGUCAGAAGAUGAUAAGGUUCAUGAUAACCCUAUUUUGUCCUAAAUGUUUACACUCUCUAUGUGCCUUACCAGAUGCCCCAAUGGAGGAAUUACACUCUCCUUUUACCCCCAUUCUUUUUCGCGGGCUCCUCAGCUGUCUUGUGGUCGUGGCAUAUCACAUCUACCAUGAACACAUGGUGUAAGAAAUUCUUCCUCCAAAUGCAAACUAGCAUCCUUUAUGAACUGAUGGUAUUAAACAGACUAGUCAAGCUGAAUGCCAUGCUAGCUCCCCAGAGGAUGAAUGCUAAUGACUAUGGUUAUUCCCUGACUGUUAUUAUAGUGCUGGAUUAAAAUACUUGUGGUUCUGUGAACAUGUACAAUGUUUACGUCAGAUUGUCUCAGUAACUGGCAGCACCUUUGUUUUCACAGGUCAAAGAAGAACCUUCUGGCUGCCUGCUUUUCUAAACUGAUGACAGAAAACAUCCUCCCUAAUGCUGAGAACGUAAAAGGUGCUUACAAUACAAAACUGUACAGUGAGUGGGUGAUUAUGGGUGAAUUGGAAUCUACACAGGAGCCCUAAAGCACAGAUGAACAUGUAUUGCCACAUUAGAAGCCCAAAAUAAGGGGAACAUGGCAUUGACCCAAGGAGGAAGUGCAAAAUGUGCUGCAAUCAGUGAUGAAAAACAUGCAUUUCUGAUUACCUUUUGGUUUUCUACAUUUCAUGUGAGACAACACACCCAGACAGAACCAUGCGAAUACUGUACAUGAAUGAUAUAUUCAUUAACUACAUCUUUGUUGAUCUAGGCUUCUUGUUUAGCAAACCAUGCGGUGAUGUGAUGGCUCUAGACUACUUAAAGAAGUGCUGGGAAAUCUAUCAGACGUACUGCAAAGUUUAUAAACCCCCCAGAAAUGAGCAGAUCAUGACCUGUAGACAACUGCUGUGGAUGUUCAAGGUGCGACAGACAAGGCAUUAUGAUUACCAACUUUGUCAUGAUGUCUCAGACAAAAUAAGUUGUUGAUGAUAUAGUGUUAAUGCUAACUCCACCUAGGAUCUUAACCUGCUGGAUAACAACCUGACUGUGAGGAAAUUACUGCAGAUCAUCACCUCAGAAAGCAGCGACCCCAGCAACUUUACCAGCUGUCUGGAUCUGGAGGUGCGUAUAUAGUAUUUACAUCUGUGAACUCUUCCCUUAUUCUUCCUCUUUAGUUGUAAUUUUGGUUGCUGUACAACUCUUCAUUACAGAUUACAUUCCUGGAGUUUUUAGAGGUGCUUUUGGGUUCUGCAGAGGUGAAAUGUAAGCAGGUUUCAGGAGGAUCGGAGAAGGAGGGCGCUGAAACUGAAGCCGGAAGAGAUGGUUGUAAAGUAGAGGCUGGAGAGAAAGUGGUAAAGACGAUUAACUGCCCUUUUUAAAUCAAUCAGAUCCUCUCACUACCAUACACCCUUCAACACCCUAUAAGUAAAGAGUAAAGUUGUCCUGACUGAUGGUCAUUUGUUCAAAGUUUAAUUGAAAUAGAUUAAGAAAAUUUAUUUGACAGUAUUUUCUUCACAUUACAAACAAGUUAAGAAAACUAAUUAAGAAAACACUAAUUGUGUUGUUUUAUAGACUGGAAUAUCACAGGAAUCAUCUGCAUCUGAAGGCGUGGAGGGUCAACAAAAUGUUGAAACUACAUUUGAGGAAAAUCUACAGUCUGCAGGUUGGUUUUUGGUAGUGAUUUUCUUAUUCUUUCAGAUCAUGUUUGAUGCAUAAGUGAUAGUAUAUUUGAAUUAGUUCAAAAGUAAAUCCAAAAACAGCCUUGGCUUGGUUUGGUGAUUUUUAUUUUAUUUUUUUUCUGCAGAAGUAAAAUUACUAUUAAAACUUUGUGGAUAAACAUUGACCCUGUAAUUGACAACAUAAUGUUUUUAUAUUUCCUUUUGUGCACGCAGAAGGGCAUAGAGGAAAGGAAAAGCGAACCAGGAAAGAAGAAGCCGAAGACCAUGAACUUCAACUUUGGAAGCAGACAAUCCAUCAGUUCUUUAAUCACUUUUUCUUCCCAGCCUAUGAACACAACCAGUUAGUGUCUAAAAAGAUGAAGGAAGAGAAGCUUUAA